CCUCACUGUGCACAGAGCAACGUCCUUCCACUCCCUCCUCUUCAUUCAAUAACCAAACAUGGUCGGGCUCACAGAAUACUGUCCCGUAUACGCUCCCUUCUUUGGUGCUCUCGGAUGCACAAGCGCAAUCGUCUUCACCUGCCUUGGCGCUAGCUACGGCACAGCCAAGUCAGGUGUCGGUAUCAGCGCAAUGUCCGUUCUCCGGCCCGACCUCAUGAUGAAGUGUGUCGUACCCGUUAUCAUGGCUGGUAUCAUUGCUAUCUAUGGUCUCGUCGUGGCCGUGCUUAUCUCUGGAUCUUUAACGGCAACCAUGCCGCUCUACACCGGCUUCGUGCAACUCGGCGCCGGUCUCUCCGUCGGACUCGCUGGACUCGCCGCUGGCUUCGCAGUCGGUAUUGUUGGUGAUGCCGGUGUGCGCGGCACGGCUCAGCAGCCAAGGCUUUUCGUGGGCAUGAUCCUGAUUCUUAUCUUCGCUGAGGUGCUGGGGUUGUACGGUCUCAUCGUCGCGCUCAUCAUGAACACCAACGCAACCAACGGCACUGCCGGUGUCUGCGGCUGAAUUGACUCCAAGCGGACCGGAACUCACCAGGUUCAAGACUUGCCGCAAUCCUCGCUCUCGAAAAUCAGGCCUUGCUCUUCGCCAUUGUGCGAAGCAGAGGCCAGAAUGUAGGCAGGGAGAUACAAUACAUUCCGAACCAUUAAGCAUCAUCUGAUGUCCUGUGAGCGCUCGUCAUUCACUUUUGUGCUGAGGAAAGCAGACUAUGUGUCAACAGCAAGUGAUAUCCCGAAUGAGGCGGAAGGGGCCUUGUCCGACCCUGCUGAGUGGGACAUACUUAACCGACCUCCCCCCACGUCGCGAUGUGCUCAUCCAAACGUCAAGGUGCACGCCCCAACCGUGUGUACAACCCCCAAGUCCAUCCCUUCCGAAAGAGGUAAUUCAUACCUCAUGUAUGCGUCGAGCAGAAGGUGGAGUAGAAUGCCUCAGAGCAUCCACUUAGGGCAGUCGUUGAGCUUCCUUUCUUCCUUCCCCAUCGGCUUUCGUCGCAUGAGCU